CAAAUGCUGAAAUACUGCGCAGUGCACGGCAGUUGCUCAUGUGAUGGGUGCAGUGCUGUCAUCGGUGUCACUGUCAUCCUCGAAACGAAAAAAGUUAAAAUAUAUUUUUGAUAUCUUCUUCCUAGAUUUUUUAGAUUUUAAAGAAUUUAUCCCUAAAAAUGGUAGUCAAAGUGUAUGUUAGCGGAAGUUCUGGAAAUAAGGAGGUAAAGAAGCGCCAACAAAGGGUAUCACUAAUUCUAGACUCGAAAAAUAUCGAAUAUGAGCUGCUGGAUAUUGCCGAGCCCAAUAUGGAAGAGGCCAAAGAAUACAUGCAAACUAAUUCUAAACUUAUGGGAGGCACCAUAAGCGAUCCUAAUCCUAGGCAUCCUUUACCACCUCAGUUGUUUAACGGGGAAGAAUAUUGUGGGGACUAUGAUGCCUUUGAUAUGGCCAAUGAAGUUGAUGAAAUGGAAAAGUUCCUGAAACUAUCUGUAACCUCUAAUGGAGAUAUUUCAACUGAAGUUAAGUCAAAGGAAGCUUCUCCUGAGAAGGAUGAAGCUAAAGCUGAGGAGACUGAAAAGGAGGAAACUGAUGAAGGUGAAAAAAAGACCAAAGAAAAAUCUCCUACUCCAAGCAAAGAAAAAUCGCCAAGUCCAGCCAAGGAAAAAUCUCCGAGUCCUGCUAAAGAGAAGUCACCUGCGCCUGAAAAACAAAAGUCUCCCGAGCCUGAAAAAGAAAGCUCUCCAAGUCCACAAAAAGAAAAGUCUCCAUCACCAGCAAAGGAAGAUGGUGAAGGUGAUAACGCCACAGACGAUCAAAAGGCUGAAAACGAGAACAACGACAAUGCCACUGACGAUCAAAAAGCAGUAACUGAUGACGUCAAGCAAACUGAUGAAACUGAGAAGUCUGAUGAUGAAGCGUAGAUUUCAAACAAUGCCUAAUUAUUUUAAAAAUAAAAUAAACACUGCCACAUUUUGGAGUUAAGAACUGACCUGUAUUUGCCAUUACUAUUUUAGUAAUAGCACUUCCAAAAAAUGGUAGUAUUUAUUUUUUUUACAUCUACAUCUAUUUAUUAUCCAUUUGUUGCUAAAUUUUAAGUAUUUGCAUUGCCAUUUCGGGCUUUAUGUCUCCAUCUAUUUUUCAUUAGGUAUACUUUGUUUUGCGAGAUUAUUUCAAGUAUUAUAAAAUAAGUUGGUACUUUUAAAGGCACGGUCCUAAUUAUUAAUACUUUUGAAUCAAAAAAAGUCGUUAUAUUUAUAUUCUGUUAUUUAAAUUGUAAAUAUUUUAAGUCCUUAUGUUUCAAAUGUCUCAAUAAAAUAUUAUUCAUCUUCUAUUUCUUAA